AGAAAGCUACGUUGCCGGGUGCAAGUGGAGCCCUCGAAGUCGGAGGGGAGCCAUCGCAGAGUCUUCCCGGAGCCAUCGCAAGUGGACCGGGGUAUGCAAGUGACUCUCAUCCCAGCCAGGGAAGACUCUGCACCUCACGUCAACCCACUCACAACCACACACCCACAUACGGAUAUGUAGUGGAGAUAAGACGUGAGGUUGCUCCUCGUUUUCCUUCCUUCCUCUCACUUGCAUUUUGGUCUUCGUUUUCAUCUUCCUUGGAAUCCUUCCACUUCCGUAUCGUUGAGCGCUCAUACUUCCCCGCUGCAAGUCCCCCCCUGUGGCUGCAGCUGGUUCUUCUACUUUUACAUCCAGGGGAAGCAAUAACAUGGCGGAUGGACCAAGCCGUGUGUCACUCGAUUCACUGGAAAGUAUGACAAAUAAUUUCUCUGAAGAUCGGGUGAUUGGCAGAGGCGCAUAUGGAAAAGUUUAUCGGGGGGAGCGGAAAGAUGGUCACAAAAUUGCCGUAAAGAUUCUUCGCGACAUGUCAGGACAUGACGAUGUGCAAUUUGAUAAGGAAUUUUACAAUCUUGUAAAUCUGCAACACCAGAACAUCGUGCGGUUAGUUGGUUAUUGCCAUGAAACCCGACGAGAAUACUUGCCGUUCAACGAGACUAAUGUUCUUGCUGAUGUGACAAAGAGGGCGCUUUGCUUUGAGUUUAUGGAAAAUGGAAGCCUUAGCGACUGUCUUUUUGACGAAUUUAAUGGACAUGGUUGGUGCAAUCGCUACGCUAUAAUUAAGGGUAUUUGCAAUGGUUUAAAGUACCUUCACGAGGAACUGAAGCCUCCUGUUUUUCAUUUGAAUCUAAAACCAACCAACAUAUUGCUGGACAAGAACAUGGUCCCGAAAAUAGCAGAUUUCGGAUUUUCCAGAUUCUUCAACAAAGAAAACUCCCACAUCACCGAUAGUCCUGUAGGAAACUUUGGAUACUUAGCACCGGAGUAUAUACAUCAUGGCAUAAUCUCGGUUAAAAUGGAUAUAUUCAGCCUGGGUGUUGUAGUUAUGAAGAUAAUUUCAGGACCAAGAGGCUACGCGAGAAGUGCUGAAAUGACCGUGGAUCAGUUCACUGAGAUUGUGCACGUGAAUUGGAGGAAUAGGCUACAAGCGGCUGCGUCGGGGGAUUUGUUGGAGUCCUAUUCUUUACAAGUAAAGAGAUGCAUCGAAAUUGCUUUAAGCUGUGUGGAGGAUGAUCGACUGAAAAGGCCAACUAUAGGGGAUAUUGUUAACAUGCUAACUGAGACAGAGACACAAGAAAACUAUCAGGGGACAUUAAUUGAUCAGAUGAGCACUUGCGUAGUCAAAGACACUGAACUGAUACAUGUCCAUCCCCUCGAGCUCCACUUCUCUUUCCGACCAAACAAGCUUAUCUCCUGCCCAUUUCACAUAACCAACACCAUGGAUGAUCAGCAUGUGUCCGUUAGGUGCGUCCCAAAACACAAGGAGGCAAACCGUUACUAUGCCUAUCUAUGCGACAUCUUCCGUGUUGUGCCACCAAGGUCCACAUGCACCUUCGUUGUAAUGAUGGACAGAGCACAUCCGCCGCCGACCAACAUGGACGUGCUUGACCUAGUCGUAGAGACAUUUCUAGGGAAGGUGGAGGUGAGUAAGUGGCAUGCUGGUGUUGACAAAUCUUUUGAGGAUGCUAGAAAAGAGAACAGCCGUGGAUCUCGUGAGGUAACCCUAAGGGUCGUCUGUGCAACAACGUGCGAGACAACGACAUCUGAGGUCAUACUUCGUGAGGGUGGUCUCGAUCAAAUGAAAUCAAUGGAUGAGAACCCUACAGAGCCUUGUGAUCGACUGCAGAUGGGCCUUGAAGCCUGCGUCCUAGAGCAAAUGCUGCUUGAUGAAAAUGCACGGUCGUCAUCCCUGCCUUUAUCUCUUUUACAGGACAUCACUUAUAAUUUCUCCCCUCUUCAAGAAAUUGGAACGGGUGGAUUUGCGGUAGUUUAUAAGGGAAUGGUCGGAAAAAGGAGGGUCGCUGUGAAGAAGCUGACAAGAAGGCUUUAUUUGCCUGAGUUUAAAUUCCAUAGAGAGAUUGAGUGCAUGAUGAAGGCCAAACACAAGAAUAUAGUACGCUUUCUAGGAUAUUGUGCUGAGACUCAAGGAGAAGUUGCCGAUUAUGAAGGGAAGUUUGUCAUGUCAGAUCUACGAAACUGGUUGCUCUGUUUUGAGUAUCUACCCAACGGUAGUCUUGAAAAUUAUAUUACUGAUACAUCUAGUGGACUUGAAUGGACAGAGAGAUUUCGAAUAAUCAAAGGAAUAUGCGAAGGUUUACACUAUCUUCACAUGAACCGUAUUCUUCAUUUAGACCUCAAGCCAGCUAAUAUAUUGCUAGAUGGUCACAUGGUACCCAAAAUUGCUGAUUUUGAGCUCUCGAGGUGUCUGGAUGAAAAGAAGACGCAUGCUACUACUACUGUAAACACGUUUGGAACACCGGGAUAUAUGGCUCCAGAAAUAUUUCUUGGAAGAAAAAUCACGUUUGCGUCAGAUAUAUAUAGUCUUGGCAGUGUAAUCAUGGAGAUAUUAACGGGGGUGAAGGGAUAUCCUGAAGACGAGAAUGUGACUGAAAAUUGGAUCCAUCGAAUAGAGGGGGGCAACCAGUUACAACAAGUAAGCGUAUGCACUAAGAUAGGGUUAGAGUGCAUGAAAUUUGACCCAGAGAAAAGACCAGUUGCACAACAUAUAAUUGACAUGCUUGAUAAAGUGGACGAAACUGCCACUAGUAGCUCCGCGAACAGUCUCUUCCUUAGAGCCUGAAACUACUGGAGGAUAUCACAGAGCAUCUUCAAAUUGAAGAUGCUGCAGAGCACUUUGGAAAUGAACAUGAAGAAAACACGAGCAUUGGCCAUCAUUGGAAUGGAACAAGCAUUUUUCAGCUCUAACUCAGUGUGUUGGACAAGCGAAUCAUUUUUAACAUCUUCAGAAGUAACAUGUGAAGGAAUUUCGUGAAGAAUGGAGGUUGAGUGCUGAAGAAAAUCCUGGGGCCUUAGGAUUUCCAAAAAGAAUGAAAUAAAAAUUAUCACAAGAAAUUAUAUGAAGCUACUUCGUAGAGACAGGUCUUCUCGAAUCUACAAAGAAACUCUUCCUGACAGUACCAAGAUGGCGGUUAAUAUCUUAUUUAUGAUGGAUGAAGAUGGAAUGAAUGAGUUAGUCAAGAGAGUGGAGAUCCCGGCACACAUGUUCCGCAAAGAAGAAUGCACAGAAGAAGACACCGUCGUCCUUGAAGAAAUUUGGGUGGAUUUUAUAGGCAACAAUUGAGUGGGCUGAUUGUAGAUACAGAAGAAAGGCCAGACAUGUCACAUGUGACGAAACGAUUCGUGAUGCUUAGAGAUAGAAGACUUGGGAAGUCAUGCAACACAAAUACGCAAUACAAGCCACUAUCUUGACUUGUAUAUUUCUGUUAUCUAGCCAGUAUAUGCCCUACUCUUCGUAUCUCUACCCAACAUGAGCAUUUUUUCAGAUAUGUGUAUGUCUAUUAACUGCCUAUUCGGGGUUUCCCUCUUAACAUGACCAUCAAGGGACUGGGUCGAUUACA